ACCAACGCUACCCAUCCAUGGUUUAGAGCAAUUUGCAUUAAUAAUAAAGCAACGUAACUGGUAAAAUCGCUUUCAUAUGACCAGAAGGUCGCGGGUUAACAAUCUCUUGCAAAAAUAUAAGGUAAGGCUGCGUAUAAUACAUCUUUGUGGUCCGACCCUCCCUCCCGGACCUCGCGCAUAGCGGCAGCUUAAUGCACCGGACUGAUAAAGCAAUUGGUUCCAUUUCUGUUACACCCAAUUCUGUUAUCAGAGCUGAGCUUGGAUAUGUAUUGGCUUAUAAGUAUUGGGGCAAAGGGAUUGUUAGAAAAACAGUGAAAAUGGUAACAUCAGUCAUAUUUACUGAGUUGCCAAAUCUUGAAAGGAUUGAAGCUUUGGUGGAUGUUGAUAAUAAAGGGUCCCAAAGGGUGUUGGAAAAAGCUGGUUUUUUAAAAGAGGGAGUUCUGAGGAAGUACAUGGUGUUGAAAGGGAGAUCAAGAGACAUGGUAAUAUUCAGCUUUCUUGCAACUGAUUCUCAUCUAUCGUAGCGUUCUUAAUUUUUGCUCUAGAG